AUGGGCUGCAGCAUCUGCCUCGACGACUUUGACCAGGCCGACGGCAAUGAGCGUCGCGCCACCGCCCUCGCCUGCGGUCACAUCUUCCACUACGAUUGCCUCACCACUUGGUUCUACGGCCCCACCCGCGCUCCCGGCUACAUCUCGCCCAAACGAUGUCCGCUCUGCUCCAUCUCCGCCGACCCUAGCAAGAUGGUCAAGCUCUAUCCUUCCGACGGCGACGAGCUCACCACCUACCUCUCCGGACAGCACCUCCACGAGGUCGUCCUGCUCGGCAGCCUCGGCCAGCACAUCCCCGACGCCGACGUCGACCGCUCCCAACACAAGGAGUUGCUCGGCAACCUCCUGGAUUUCACCCAAGCCCUACAGCAAUUCGCCAUGGCCGCCCACUCCUUCCGCCACGAACUGACGCUCAAAGCAGGCGUCAAGGUGCGCAGGCUCAUCCAAGUCCUCACCACCGACUCCAAGGAACUCUCCCUCCGCGAGUUUCUCCGCGCCGUCGAAGCGCUCGAAUCUGCCACAGCCGACACGCACAAGAUCAAGAACGACUUUGAGCUCAAGUCAAAGCAAGCACUCGAUAGAUCCAACGAGCUCGCCCGACACAAACGCAAACUCGACGACAACAAGAGGCUGCUCGACCAGCAAAUCGAGGCACUCCGAGCCAGGCAGGCUCAGGUGGAAACGCAGUCGCAUCACGUCAACACCCUGAUGCAGCAAGUCAGCGAGACGGCCAGGCAGAACGAAGAGCGCGCCAGAGAGCUCGAGCAUCGCGAGAGGCAGCUUCGCAUGCGCGAACGCGAAAUGUUCGAAAAGGUGCGCAAGGAGCGCAUCGAGAACAAGGAGUUGAUGAGCCACAUGACAGCCACCACCAACGCACAGCGCAGCGUGAUGCAGACGCAGGUCAGCGAGGCGCUCGCAAAGUGCCAAGAAGCCGAGCGCCAGCGCGACCUGGCACACACCAAGAGCUGCGAGCUCGCCGCACAGCUCACGCAGCUCACGCAGCGCCUGAGAUCGCACAAGCGCUCUGCCCCCGCCGGCGAAGCAUCGCGCCCGUCCCACCAAGCCUCGCACGAUGCACGCCGCAUCCGGGCUCUCGAGGCGCGCCUCGCCUCGCAGACCGCCCAGCUCGAAGCGGCGGGCAUUGCGACGCCCGAGCACCGGCUCAAUCGCGGGCGUUCGGCACGCAGUGCCAUCGAAUUGAGCUCCAGCAGUCCGCCGCCAGACGCCGACGACACGCCCGCCACGCCGCGCGACAAUGCGCCUUCGCCCAGCCGCACGCGCAAGGGCAAGCAGCGCGCGCGCCUUUCACUCUCCGUCGAGCCGCUCAACCUCGACGACGAGAUGGACGAGGCGCUCUUCCCCAUGCCUGGGCUGGGCGCACUGCGCACCACCCGGCCGCCGCGCCCGCCGCUUGCUGCCAACCCACCCACGGCCAACACUGCGGAGGAGGACGAGGAUGGUGACGACGACACCGCGCAUGGUACGGGCGCCUCCUCCCGCCCGCUCAAGACGCGCCUCAGCCCCGCGGCAGGCUCGAGUCGCGCCAUGGGCCUUGCUGGCCGUAUGUCGCGCCGACGCAACGCUGCUGCCCCGGGCGAGUUUGACUGGCUCACCAAGAGCGCCGCGCUGAAACUCGGGCCCAAGCACCGGCCGAAGCACUAG